CCACGCGAGGAAGCUAAGCUAAACUGACAAUGGAAAAGAAAGCCUGAUUGUCAGAGCCUCAGAGCUGCGGGUACCAGUGCUCGUGAACCCGCCUCCUCGGUUGCACACAAGAGUAGUACCACACCACCAAAUCGGCCACCGCCGCCGCCAAAAUGCCGCCGCUCCUCCGCGGCGUCGUGUCCGGCCGCCUCCGCCGCUCCCUCUGCACCGCCGCCGCCUCGAUCCCUCCAUGGGCGAUGGUGGACCGGGGCACCCUGAUGAAGAAGUCCGAGGGGAGCGUCUCCUUCUCCUUCGCCCGGGCGCCCGCCGUCUCCUACGUCACCAUCCCCAUCUUCGGCCGGGCCUUCAUGUCGAAGCCUCCCCCGGACGGCCGCGUGUACUCCGACAUGCUCCGCAGCCGCGUCCUCGCCGCCAGCGGCCACGGCUUCCUCCUCCUCGGCACCCUCAAGUCCCGCUACAGGGCUCACCCGCUCUCGGGCCUGGACCUCCCCGCCGAGGUGCUCCUCAAGGUCGCCCCUUUGGAGCUCCUCUACCGCAAGUUCACGCGCUUCGUCUGCAACCCCGUCUCCGUCCAGCUGUUCCGCCUCCCGGAGUUCGAGGAAGCGGAGAGGACCUUGUCGUUUACAGACGGCAUGGCGGGCAUGGGCCUCCUCACCCAAGCCGACGGCGAUGGUCCCAACCGCGCGCCCAAGAGGUAUGCCGCUGCUCAGCUCACCGAGGUCGACGGCGGGCGGCGCCUCCUGCUGCGCCGGUUCUCCUCCGAGACAGGGGAUUGGGACGAGCAGGUGCUGCCGUCCCCGCUGCCGCCUCAGCGGCGGAUGCACCUGGGCCACGAGGUGCUGGACUUCGGAGGCCGGCUCUGGUGGGUGGACGUGAGCUGGGGCGCCGUCUGCGUCGACCCUUUCAGCGUCCGGCCGGAGCUCUGCCCCGUCGAGCUCCCUCCUGACAGCAUGCUUCCGAACCAACAGGGCGAGACAGAGAUGGAGCAGCUUGUGCAGCGCCGGCACAUGGGAGUCAGCGCCGGCCGGCUGCGCUACGCCGAGAUCGACCCCUUGCACAUCAGGUCCUUCGUGCUCGACGACGACCAGAGCGGCCGCUGGACACUGGAGCACCAGGUGUCGGUUCCCGAUCUUUGGCGCAAUGGGGGCAACGCCAAGGCGACGCCUUCGAUUGCUGCUAUCGACCCGCUCGACAAUGAUGCUCUGCAUCUCAGCGUGGACAAAAUCCAUGUCAGUUUGGACAUGCUUGGGAGGACGAUUACUAAGAGUUCUGUGUGCACUGAUGAAAGCCAGAUGGCGUCAGGUUCAUAUCUUCCAUGUGUGCUUCCGUCGUUUCUCUGGUCAAGUCCGAUUCCAGGCAAGAACAAAACUUUGGACAUGGCGAAAAACACGACUUUGGCAGAUGUUCUGGUUCGUUCAGACAGACAGCAAACGAAAUGAAGGUUUCUUAAGACUAACAAUGAAGUAGCAGCUGAUGGCGGGACUCUGAAUUUGCGGAAAAUAUGGAGAUGUUUGGGUUUGUGGAAGUAACUUAUCUCGUUUUGGGGAAAAUCUAGGAGUUAGUUCAGAGUCAUAACUAAGGCAAAAGGUGGACGCAUCCACAUGUUUAACUCACUUGUGAGGAACUUAUUUGUAUGAGGCAUGUGACGAAUUGAUGAUGAGCGUUUCAGUACUGUGCUUAUUUAUAUUCUUUAGUUGCUUAGCUAAAAUUCGAACACUUAAAAUCUGAUCAUUUGGUUUUCCUUUCCAUUAUUUUGGUUUUGUAUGAACAAAAAUAUAUAUUAAACUGCUAGUUUCGUA